AUUGACAAAGGCGAUGUUCUUGCUGAAUACAUCGGUGCUGCACCUCCAAAGGGAACUGGUCUUCACCGCUACAUCUUUUUGGUGUAUAAGCAACCUGGUAAAAUUACUGAUUCGGAACAUGGUCAUUUGACCAAUCGCUCGGGUGAUGGAAGAGGCGGAUUUAAAACAGCCAAGUUUGCUGAGAAGCACAAGCUUGGUAAUCCUAUUGCGGGCAACUUUUUCCAGGCUGAGUGGGACGAUUACGUGCCAACCCUCUACAAGCAGCUUAAAGGAUAA